AUCCAUUCCAACGUACGCUUGAAGCAAAAGAAAACAAUAACAGGUCGGAGGAAGACAAACACUUUAGAACAGAGUAAAUCACAAAGGAGGAAACCCCCACCUCAAUUUCCCACACAAAAACAAAAACUCACGAAACAGAAUCCAAAGCAAAUCAAACCCUCCUCAUAUAAUUCAUUCAUCACCAUAGAAUUAUUAAAAAUCAAAACUUUAACUUUCAUAAAUUCCCCUUUUAUCCAUCUCUGAAAUCACAGGCUUUCAGGUACUUCCAGCCAUGGCAGUUUCAAAGGCAAUCAUCCGAUACAUCCACCUUCCUCCUUUUUACCAGAAAGACCAAAACGACUUCGUUUUACCUCUCUACAACGCCUCCCCGACCCGCCGUCGAUGCCUCAUCAUCUGGGCCGUGGGAGUUGUGCUCUUCCUCGGGUUCGUGUACAUAUGCUGGCCGUCCGAGCCGGUGCUAAAGAUCGAACGGCUGAGGCUGAACCGGAUAAAGGUGCAUACACUGCCGCGGCUGACGGUGGAUAUAUCGAUGCUGGUGACGGUAAAGGUGCACAACGGCGACGUGUACUCGAUGGACUACAAGUCGGUGGACGUGGCGGUAGGGUACAGGGGAAAGAAACUGGGGCACGUGAGGUCGGUGCACGGACACGUGAAGGCGAGGGGGUCAUCCUACGUGGACGCCAGGCUGGAGUUCACCGGAAUCAGGGUGCUCUCCGACGUCGUCUUCUUCCUGGAGGACCUGGCAAAGGGCUCUAUUCCUUUUUACACAUCCACGGAGGUUGAGGGCCACAUGGGCCUCCUUUUUUUUGAAUUUCCUAUGGAGGCCAAACUGUACUGUGAUGUUUUGGUAAAUACAGCAAAUCAGGCAAUUGAACGCCAAAGGUGUCACCGUAAAGGGCCUUGCAGAACCUUCUUCAUCUCUUCCAAGAACUCGAUCUCCCUCAUUCACGGGGAGGUGGAAAUAGAAAGUGAAGGCGACGUGCCUGAUGGGGUUCCAGAUUUCGGUGAAAGUGAUGGCGAGAGGGAGCACAUUAAAGUCCCAAGAGGUAGAUAUUAUUGAUCCAAGAGAAGAAAGUGAAACAAGAGAUUCGAAUGGUGAUGCAAAAGACGACUACAAUCAGAGAGCUGUAACUAGCAAGCGUAGGUAUGUGAUUGAGAUCUGAGAGGUUACAAGAGCACUAUUAUCCAUUUAUCCUAAUUUUUUUUUUUUGGUGAAAUAUUACGGGUGCCCCAUUUUCAAGGA